UCUCUUCCCUUUCCUUCGAUGAUAAACUCAACAAUGAAGUUGAUAUAACAAUGGGAACCUACCAAAAAAGUCAUCCAAACAAAGAAGUUGCUGAACAAUGGAGGCAGUGGAUUAUCGAAUUCAUUGACGUAGGUUGGCUAAAGAUGAAUGACAUAUUCUACUCAUUAUUCAAGAAUCAAAAUGUUUUGUGA